AUGGCCGUAGUUUCGUUCAUCAAGUUAAAUCCCAUUUCCACCAUCCGUGCCCGCUUCGACCUCCGAGAAUUUUCCGGCAUCAGCCCUAGAAGCAUCUUUUCUCUGUGCUGCAUUAGCCCAAGAUUGAUCUCUCGCAACCAUUUCAGCCUUGGUAAAUUGAUCUCUUGCGAAAAUGAUACCAUAUUAUUUCCCAAAUAAAGUCCCCGGCAACUGUGUUAGAAAUAGUUAUUUUGAAUUGUUUUAAUCCAGACAAGUCUUGGGAUCGGAAGGAACCAAAAAUGGUGGGAGAAGAAACUGAAACCGAACAUGAAGUCGGUGACAUCAACGGAAGAUCUUGUCGGCUCUUUACUUAACGCCAGGGACAAUCUUGUCGUGGUUAAUUUCUUCUCACCAAGUUGUGGUGGCUAAGCCUGUAAGGCUCUUCAUCCCAAGAUAUGCAAAAUUGCAGAGAAGAAUCCGGAAGUAGAGUUUCUACAAGUGAAUUAUGAAGAACAUAGAAGUUUAUGUCAAAGUCUUAACGUUCGUGUUCUUCCCUUCUUCCGCUUCUACCGUGGCUCCUCAGGCUUCCGUGAAUUAUGUUAA